GCGUCUGUUGGAGUUUUAAAAGAAUUAAAUUAGUAACCCAAAUGUCAUCGAAAAGCGUUUGUAUUAUUAAUUUUCGCAAGUCAAUUUUUCUAUAUUUGCUGGAUAAUUACCUAUAAUGUUUGGCUUUUAAUUUUCUUUCGAAAUUCGAUACUUUCUAAAUUUUAGUGCAACGUCAAAACAUGUAAAGACUCCAGUUAGUCAGGUUGCGUGCUAUUAUAGUAUUAGUAGUACUACAGACGUAACGUUACCAUAGUUGAGUUUAAACAUUUUCAGUUUAAUUUACUCGGGUUACGUUCCUAGGCCAAAGUCUUAAUAUUAAUAGCGAUGAUAGCAGUAAAAUAAUUUUUAGCUGCUGGCUUAUUGUGGGCAGUCUGGUUGACAUAAUUGUUCGGUUCUAACGUCUGUUAACGAUGACAUUAUGGCUUGCUGUACUAUCAGAAGCUUUUUUCUAACAAUUUGUGGUUUGCAGUUUGUAACAACAGUGCAGCGUCAGGUGUUUGAUUUCUUGGGUUAUAUGUGGGCACCAAUUAUUGGCAAUUUCUUCCAAAUGAUUGCCGUAAUAUUAGGAAUAUUUGGUGCUUACCAGCUGAAACGUAGCUACAUCAUUUUGUACAUGGUAUGGACCUGUCUUUGGCUUGGAUGGAAUAUAUUUCUCAUAUGUUUUUACCUAGAUAUUGGAAUAUUAAAUAAGGAUUCAAGUAUUUUAAACUUCGGAACUGGAAGUCGUAGCUGGUGGGAAUCUAAUGGUAUUGGUUGUAAGCCCAUAUACAAUCUUACAUUAGCAGUGAAAGAUCCUUUAUUUUAUAUGAAACCUACUGUUGUAGAAGAGUGUUCUGUGGAAUAUAGCUAUGUAGAAUGUCUGCAAGCUGGGAUUCAGUGUUGUCUCUCAAUACCUGGGUUACUUGCAGCAAUAUUAGCAUUGUAUUGCUAUAAGCCAGACCAUAGUUUGUCCAGGCGACCAUCCACAGAUGUUGUCUACAGCAUUCAGUACCAAAAUCAGAUGGGAGAAGCUCAGCCUACUUCCAUUCAUCAUCAACCAUUAACUCCAAGAAAAGUAAAACGCCGAUCAACACGAUCUAAACGGGGUUCCAGUCAAAGACGAUAUUACCAGAAUCCUGUAACAAAAUUGUUAGACAUCCCUCUUCAUAGCUCUAGUAGUGAUACAUUUGGCUCUCCCGGUCAUUCAACUUCUAUGUACAAUAGUUCAGCCUCGAGUUCUCAAGCCAACCUAUUAUCUUCUCAUUCUUUAUCACCUCUGCAACCCAAUGGUCAGGCAGCAUCAGUGGGCUUGACCAAUCCUGCCACAGUUAUCUGAAACCCUGCAAUGUUUUGUGAUUGGGAAAUGCUUUUGAUAUACUGCUGGACAGAUAAGUAGAAACUGAAGAUAUGGGGUCAUUAUACAUUAAUAUGUUGAAAAGUUGUAUAUUUUUAUAGAUAAAACUGCUUUGUAGGUGUUUAUUAUGAUGUAGCUAUGCAUACUUGGCAAAGUAAUGAUGCAGCAACUGAUAAGUUAGGAUGUUGUUAAGAUAUUGUUACAGGUAACUAUUGGUGAUAUUAUAAAUGGACCAUUU